ACAUUUGAAUCGACACUUGAAAGUAGCAAACUUGUCCUUGCCGGAAAAAUUCUAAAGUUUUCGGUGGUUGCCAUGCCAUGGCAUGGCAUGGCGAUCACCAUUUUGCUAACAAUUUAUUUUUGUCGAUUUUUGGCCAAACGCCCCUUAUUUUAGACGUCAUGAUGACAGACAGAAUGACAAUCAAUCAAAUUCACAGAACCACAGAAAUCAAAAGAAGAGAAUGAGAUAGAAUGAUAGAAUGUGGUUCUUGAGCUUACAUUUAUUUAUUUACUAAUAAACUUCAAUUAAUAAAUUGAGUUCAUCUGUGUUAAUUAACUAAAAUUUUACAUGAACAAGACAAGUUUCAUGUCAUCGUGUCUUAAUUGCUGUAUUUAGUUUUAUUGAAAAAAAAAGAAAGGAUUUGUUUACACAGUACACUACACAAUAUCGAAAUUCUAAUUUAAUUUCAAUUGUUAAAAUGAAUAACGUUCAUUUGCCCGAGGAUUGUGCGAAGCAAUGGGAGAUUCUUUUGUUGCUACUUUCAUCAGAAGAGAAGAAAAUUGACCGGACCAGCGACAGCGAAAUCGAUACUAUGAACUACUUUUAUAAAAACGAAGGCGUCAGAAAAAUCCUCACACAUUGGCUACAACAAAUGCAAAAGACAUACGCUAAAAAACUCAGUGACUCAAACACUGCAUUAAAAUGCAAUGAAAUAUCCCAGUUGUGGCGUCAGCGAGGCAAUGAUAACUUCCGAGCUAACCGAGUCAAAGAGAGUUAUAGGUGUUACUGUGUAAGUGUCCUAUAUGCCCCUCAAGAUGGACCCAUGUAUCCACUUGCACUGGCAAAUCGAUCAGCUGCUUUGCUACGGAUGAAAAGAUUUCAGGAAUGCCUAGCAGACAUAAAGCUGGCACUCGACCAUGGAUACUCUAACGAGCAGCGGCACAAGUUGUUGCUACGACAAGCUGACUGCCACAUCGAGUUGGGCUCCCGGGAGCAGGCUGUGGCCGCCCUUUCAGCUGCCGCAACUCAUGCUCACUCAUUGCAACUGGCACCCACUCAUGCUGCAGAGUUUGAUAGACAUAUUAAAAUACUGGAAAGAAAACUUGAAGCAUUACAGGAAAUUAAUGAAGUAAAGCAAGAAGAAGUGCCGAUUCCAGAAUGUUACAAAGGAGAAAACCCCAAUUUCUUUGCGGCUUCUAAUGCUCUAGAACUAAGGCGCAGUGAAUCGUGCGGCAGAUUCGUAGUGGCGUGCGAGCCAACGCGUCGUGGCGAUGUCUUAUUCUCUGAAGAGCCUUACGCUUGGGUGACGCUGCCCGAAGGAGACCCAGACCGAGGCGCCUGUGAGACUUGUUGUCAGGCGGAUGUGAAUCCUGUGCCAUGCGGUACGUGUUCGCGUAGCGUGUACUGCGGCGAGGAGUGCCGCGCGCGCGGUUCGAGACUAUUCCACCGCUGGGAGUGCUCGGGCGCGCAGGCCGCCAUCUUUCCCACUAUUGGGAUCGCGCAUUUGGCUCUCAGAGUGCUACUCAUAACAGCCAGCGAAGGUUUCCCUCGGGUCCCGAACCCGACCGAUCAGCCGAGCUCGGCAGCCGAACUGUUCCAAGCGUACUCUCGCAUCGAUGACAUACAAAUCUACAAGAAAGACACGCCAGCCUUCUACAGGAUGUUCAACUUGGUUACCAACUUCGACAAGAUGAACAACACAGACUAUAUACAGUAUGCUUUAACGGCGACAAUGCUAACGCUAUACCUAGAGCGGUGGACGACAUUUUUCGACGAGUUGCCGUCGCGAUUGCCACACGCGUUGCCCGCGCGUCAACUGCGCGUUUUCGCCGCGGCGCUGCUGUUGCGGGCGCUAGGGCAACUCGUCUGCAACGGGCACGCUGCGUUGACGCUCGCUGUGUUUGUAGAUGACGACACGGGUGAAGAUGGUCAAGCGGCGACGGUAUCUGAGCGCGAGGUUCGUCGUGCCACUGCAAUAUACCCGUCGGCGGCCAUGAUGAACCACUCCUGUGACCCAAACAUCAUCAAUACCUUCUACAAGGGUCGGCUGGUGGUGGUGAGCGCGCGCGAGCUAGCCGCGGGCGGCGAGGCCCUGAACUGCUACGGGCCGCACCGGGCGCGCGAGCCGUUCGCGCAGCGACGCGCCGCGUUGCGCGCGCAGUACUGCUUCACGUGCGCGUGCGCGGUCUGCGCCGACGCCGACCGACGGGACUUUGUGCAUCUGUUCAGCGCUUACGCCUGUCACGCGUGCAAAGGUCCCGUAACUUGCAACAGCGGUGGCUCCCCCAAAUGUCCGCAAUGCGGCGCGGAGUUCCGCGUGGAACGGGCCCUAGACGCCCUAGAGCGGGCUAGGGAACUCCUAGCCGAAGCCAAGAGAGCGCGUGCGCCGGCCGAGAGAUGCGAAAAGGCACAGGCCGCGUUGAAACUACAACAACACGCUUGGCACAGACAUCACUCCGCGUUGAGAGAUUCCGCCGAUAAGGUGGCCAGGCUGUAUGCGGAUUACGGUGAUUUCAGCAAGAGUGUGGAACUAAUAAAACAAAAUAUUCAAAGUCUCGAGUACCAGUUCGGAUCUUUUAGUGCUGAGGUGGCCCAUGAACUCAGGAAGUUAUCUGAUGUGAUGUUGGAGCGGAUUGUCACCACGCAAAACAGUGCCGAAUACAGGGACUGGUGUCUUGAAACCCACAAAAUAUUGAAGAAAGCAGUUCAAUUGACUGAACUGAAUUACGGCUCGUGGGAACCUUUGGUCAAAAGGCUCAAGGAGAAUGAAGAGUUUGUCGCCUCGUUACUCAACGAAAGCCGGAGUGCCGAUGUAGCAGACAGCAUCCACCAUAAUUUGCACUACAAUCUCAAAAUCUAGGGCGCAUAACUAGAGCACUACUAAAUCCCUAGAACAGCACAUGUGAGUCCUUGUUUCUACAAACUAACAUCUUUAGAUAAAGUUAAUUACAUUUUACUAUGUCACAGCAAAUUAGGUAACUGUUAUUUAAAAUCUAAAUAGUUAGUAUCAUACUAAAUGUUCCUUUUCAAGUUUUGUAGAACUGUUCCUUAGUAGCUAUAUUCACUUCGGUCGUGGUUUAGAAACUAGCAUAUUAAAAACUCAGGAUAUUUUGAAUGUUGAUAAGUUUAUAUUUUAUCAACUUGUGCGUGACUAAUGCAACGUGAUGUUCAUAACAUUAUAAAAAGAGAUGCCUAAUAAAAUACAAUAAGAUUGAAUGAAUACAGUUCAAUAUUAUAUCUAAGCAAUGCGAUUAGUGAGAUUUUUUGUAUGCAAAUUACUUAUAAUAUUGGUGUUGUCUUUUUGAAUUUAUAUUAUACAUAAAAUAACUCUUUCAUAUACAUAAUAUAGGAUAAAAUACAGGAUGUUGUUUUGUAAAACAACGCCCAUCUGGGGUCAUAGUACACAUGAAACUCCAUGAAAGUAAUUACAAGAAAAAGAUAAAUCAAAUUUUAACUAUUACUUAAUUAGUAAAAAACCUUGUUCAAACGUCUCCUAAAACUUUCGAGACUGCGCUUGUUAAUGCGGCCAACGCCCCGGCAAAGCAGGGGGACUGACCGAUAACUCGCCCGCGUAAUAAUACCACUUUCCAGAUAUCAUGGAUUUUUUCCAAAAAAAAAAUUAAGUUAUUUUUUAUAUUAUAUUUUUUUUUUGUAACAGUGUCGUGUAUACUACCCCUGAGAUGGGCGUUGUUUUACAAAACCACACCCUGUAUAAUAAUAUUUAGCAUUUUAAAGGUCGACUACCUACUUAUUGAUACAUAAAUUAAUAUUGGUACAAGUUAUUUAAAAUUAAUAUUGAGGUUUAUUUACAUCAUUAAGUAAAAGUUGUGAUUUCAAAAAUGAUUUGAAAAUCGGAUUAUGUAGUAAGUACAUUAGUUGCCGAUUUUUUAAUUCGCAUAUAGCGAGCAUGUAGACUGUAGAGCCAAGGCACAGGCGUUGUGGAACUGCACCGCAAAGAUUACUACACCGACCACAGAUAUUUCUAUGUAAAGGUGGCGGUUCGCGUUGCGACUGAGACAAGAGACAGAGACAGGAGAUCGCGACCGUUACUUGGCUAAGGCAGAGACCUGUUUGUCUCUGUCUCGCUUGCGAACUGUCGCUUAUACAUUGUCUAAAGUCAAGUCGCGCGACGUUUGGGCGUGGCCUGCCGGCUACUUGCGUCGCGCGACUCGGUCGCUCACAAGGUAGUGCCGUGACGCGACAGAUGCAAAAUGGCCGUGUUUUCUUCGCACGAAAUGAGUCGCACUGAGUUUCGUAUGGGUCGCACGACUCGUGUCGCGAAGAUUCGUAAGUAGCUGUCGCCCUGCGACCUGCGACCGGUUGCCUGUCGCGGUCUCGGGUCGUGGUCUCUCGUCGCGGUCGUCUUGAUCCGAAUGCUAUCUUUAGACGACGCGGCGACACCACGCGAUACCGUAACGCAUCGUAUGCUUUGGCUCUGAGUAUGUACUUAAAAUAUUGAUGUGAUUAAAUGCACAUGUACCACUCUCCGAUGAGGAUGCUGAUGAAGUAAACAACUGUACCUCGUAGUAGUAAGAUCUAAUGACUUUGUAGUUAAAACCAAACCAAAAGGAGAAUCAAUCAUGUUAGUCAUAGACUGCCAUUUAGCUGAAAGUAUACAUAAACUUACACCCAAAUUCUCUACUAUAAUAUUUUGUGCCUUUUGAAUCUCACAAAGUUUAAUUCUAAUGUGUGAAUGUUCUUCCGUAUCUGCAAUUUGCUCGAAAUCUGAAGAAUAUCAUAAAUAAAUUGAAAUGGUUAUUUUUAUACAAUAUAUUACCCGUGUAAAUCAAAUUAAGCAUUUUAUGGAAUACCAUAGCGUAAGAAUAUGGGUGUAAGACACAUCACUUAUCUACAUUUAUAUUUUAAACUUUAGAAUGUACAAUGUAACGGAUACAAUGACACUUUAUACAACGUAAUUUUUAAUAUACUAGCGUAAAAUUAGGUUCAGAUUAAUAUAUUUAAAUGUAAGUAAUAAUUUGUUUGUAGUCGUUUUCAAUAUUAACAUACUUAACUAUUUUGAGGUGAAUUUGUUCAAAUCAAUCAUAAAUAUACCAUUACGGAAGAUUUAAAUGAUGCUCUAUAAUCGUUACGUUAGCAUCUUGUCUUUUAUAAACAUAAUUGGAAAUACAAAAGCAAUUGAACUCUCCGGUGCCUUGUAUUUAUCAUGUGCUUUAUUACUAAUUUUAUCAUUAUAUCGGGAUCUAAAGUACCUAAUAUGAAAUGUACAAACUAUAACUUGCACUAUGGUUAGAUCAAUGCGCUAAAUUACAGUGCCUCAUCUAUACAUAGGUUAAGUCCAACCCACAGCCGAAUCAUUGUCUAAAAUUUAGACUCUAAAGAACGAAAAUAUGGCAUGUCCAUAAAUUUUGUAACAUUUAUAGAUUUUAUUAAGUUAUGUGUAUGUUACGCUCAAAAAUCGAUAAAGUUUGGUCAUUGUAAAAUAUCUUUACAGUGACCUGUCACUCGAAGUCGUACAAUAAUAAAAUCUCCAGUGAUGUGCCGUAGUCAUCAUAAGAUCCAUAAGAUCGUUUUAUAGUGAAUCGUGGUCCAGACACUAUCAGUAAAAAUGACAUUACAUCGAAGUAGUAACUGAACUUACGAUAUCAGUCACACUUUGACUUGUUGCGUAAAAAAAUCCCAUCUACACGUCACACUAUUAUAAAACAUCGCCACUGCCGGUCACACUGUAACCAAUUUCUUUUCCCAACGAGUCAAUGUGCGUGUGGACUGAGUGAUCUCUUCAAAAAACUUUUGACAGCCAAAUUUUGAGAGGAUUUAGGAAAAAACUGUGAAAACUUCAUGGUAAGGUAUUGAAUUUGUGAAACCUAAACCAAGAAAGCUAAAACUAAUUAACUGGAUCACUCAAUCUGGACACCUGAAGAAAAAGCCAUAACGCGUAUUCAAGAAUAUACUACCUAUGUGUUUAUACGUUUGAAAUAAUUGUAAAGAAUCUGUGAAAGCUGCUAAACAAAUUUUCGAUUCGUUUCAAAGCCACGUUUAAGAUUUAGAACGGUUUAUAUGGAUCACUCAGAAUGCACUAUGUUCAAUUGAGUGAUCUUUAAAACGCCACCUUAUACUGAAAAAGUAUGAAACAUCAUGUUUAUCAUAAAUUAUGCUUCUGGGAAAAUUUGUGAAACAAAGAUCGUGAUUUUACUGGUUUAUGUUGUAAUUAUUUAGGUAGUGAAAACACUCUAAAAACAUCCUUAAAACUUCUAAAAACAAAACACACAACUCUCGGUUUGUUAAAUAAAUAAUUUUUCUUUCUUUCUUUCAUGUUAUAAACCUUUCUAAAUCUUAAACGGGGCUUUAAAACGAAUAGAAAAUUGGUUUAGCAGCUUUCACAGAUUCUUUACAAUUAUUUCAAAUGCAAAUUAUAAACACAAAGGUAGUAUAUUAUUGGAUACGUGUAAUGGCUAAUUCUUCAGGUGUCCAGAUUGAGUGAUCCAGUUAAUUAUAUCUAGCUUUCUUUGUUUAGGUUUCACAAAUUUAAUACCUUACCAUAAAGUUUUCACAGUUAUUUCCUAAAUCCUCUCAAAAUUUGGUUGUGGUUGGAUGAGAUUUUUGAAAAGAUCACUCAGUCCACACGCACAUAACGAGUAUGUCAGUGUUACAUAAUUUACACGUUAGUGCGAUUGGUAUGACGGAUAUAGUAAGGCUAUUUGAUAACCGAGUUCUAUGAGAAUGUCUUCACCUAUUCACCGAAGGAAGGAAUGACAGUAAUAUUGAUUUCAUUUUUACCGAUUGAUAAUUUCUGGAGUUCUUUUGUUACAUUUUUUUUUCAUUGCCUACGUACAAAAGAAUACAGAAAACAAUAAUUCUUACA